AUGAAAGUGCUCGGAGCACGGAGGCAGAUCCGAAUCCAUGAGGGUGACACGCAGGCUAUCUCCAACACAGCCCGAGCUCUUGCUACACUCCUGCAUCGGGACGAGGCAUCGAUGUCCGCUGCAUCUGCCGCAGCACUUCUGCGGAUGCCUGAGUUCGACGAGCAGGGUUGUGCGACCAUGGCCUUUGCUUUCGCCGCCUUGGAGAUCUGGCGCCAGCCGCUGCUCAAUGCUUCGGUAUCGCAAUGCAUUUCUAUUUUGCGUCAACCUGCUGGCUCAUCACGUGCUCCACAGUUGCGUCAUCUCCUUGACACAUUGGCCGCAUCGGUUGAGCGCAGCCGUGGCUGUUGGGAUGACGAGUGA